AUGCCCGCGCACAACAAGGCCGGUCUUCUCUUUGUCAACAAGACGGCCUCGUCCAAGUCCCUUUCCAACAGCAGAGGUGACCUCGAGGGGUCGCGCCAGAUCCACAAGCACGUCCAGAAAUCGCGCGACUACGAACAGGAGAAGGAGAACCGGCGCAAGUUGAAGAGGGCCAGGCUCUUUUCGCUGGGAUGGGCUCCUGUUUCUGUCGCUCCCAGGCAAACGCCCGCCUCGGCACCACUCUCAGACGCACCUCCUCCCAGCCCGGGGAUCCGUUCUGUCGCCCUUCGACCCCGCGUCCUGCAGCGCCGUGAGACGGGCUCUGAUUGCUGCACCACUCCCGAUGGAUCCAAGCAUGAUACUCCCAAGCAUGACACUCCCAAGCUCUCGCUUAUCAUGCCCGCAGCGGGCUCUCUGGAUCCAUUUGGCCAGUUCACGGUGCCCAUGAACCUCGAGAAGCAUCGCAUCCUCGAAUACUUCGUCCUGAGGUUCUUCCCUGCAGUGACGCGGAGCGACAUCGUCGCAUUCAUGGGCCAUCCUCGAGCAGCAUCAUCCAGUCCUGCUGUCCAAGUUGUCCGGCGAGCGUCGGCCGACGAAGUGCAUGUCCUGGCCCUUUUGGCCGCCGCUAGCGCUCGCAUGAAGUUUGUUGAUCGGUAUCAUUUUUCCCGAGCGGAUCUACCCGAGCGGUUGGCAGAUGCAACUCUGCGACUCCUGAGGAGCUAUCUGGGGCACGCACGACCAAUCACCCACGAGUUGGUGCAAAGCAUCCUGUAUUUGUGGGCAGUCGAGAGCUACCGAAGAAAUUGGGAGGCGGUGUGGACGCACGGGAAGAUGAUCAUGUAUCUCUGCAACCAGCAUCUCGGCGGCUUCCACAAUCUGAACCCUUAUAUGCGCCGGAUGCUCUGGCUUGCUGACCGUUUCCAGGCCGCUGCUACACAGAGUCCACCGUUAAUUAAGGAGAGGUGGGAGACCGAACGACUUACGCCCCAGCAGCAUACCUGUGCGGUAGCUGCCUUGCGCCUUGAACAUGGCAAGCAGCCAAUGGGUUGGGGUUUUACCGAGACCAACAGCGUCUUUAGCGAGCAUUUCCAGAAGCUGCUGGAUGCCGUCGUGGAGCUUUCUUGCGUCAUUCAUUGCCAUUGGAUCGGCGUCACUGAACAAGCACUCAUUCCCAAACAAGAUUGGGCUGUUGCUCGGAGCUAUUUCGUCGCAGACGAAUUAAUCAACUUCAGGGAGGACAUUGCUGGGGAAAGCGCCAAAAGCCCCAUUUCCGGGGAGCCGCAUCUCCAAGACUGCAUUCGGCUGGCUUUGAUUGUUUGGAUGGCAUUCAUACCGACAUGUGUUCCGUAUGCGGCUAGUGCGGCAAUCCUGGCCCUGCGUGCGGCUGUCGAUGCGAAACCUCUGCGGGACCGGCUGGGAAGGAUCAUUUCAAGCCGACAUGAGCAUCCGGCAAGUCUGAAGGAACAGACGAUGCUCUUGUGGGUCGCUGGCCUGGGCGCCGUCGCAAGCGAACUGGUCGACAAUCAAGAGUGGUUCGCGGUGCAGUUCCAGCGACUGGCAAAGAAGCUCGGGAUUUCCUCCUGGGAAGACUUCAUGCCAAUACAGGAGAGAUUCCUGCUGCUGGAACAUCUGAAGGCGGGCAAUCUCGUCAAACUGGAGUGGCUCUUACAGCGGGCCGUGCACGGCUGA